AUGUUAAAAGAAAAAUAUCAAAUUGUCCCUUUCGCGGGGGACAAUUACAACGCGUGGGAAUUCCGGUUGAAAAGUAUCCUGCAGGAUAAUGGAGUAAUAGGGGCGAUCGAAAAGGAGGACUUUAAUGUGGACGCCCUGGACACGAAAAAAUUCCAGUGUAGCACUCAGCAGGCACGGCACAAGACUGGUGACUGGAGACUUCACGGCCGUGGACGUAGCGACUGGAAAUACAACGGAGGCCGAGACGACAGUUUUAAUGACUCAUUUGAGUCAUUAAAACCUGAGGGAAGGGAUACAGAUGAUGUUAAUUCUAGGGAGAAAAGAAAGAAAACUAAACCAAAAUAUUUACAAGAAUUUGUCACUGAUGAUUCUGAUUUGGGUGGUAUAUUAAUGGCAUCAUUUUUAUCUUGUUCUAAUGGUAUUGUCCCGGAAAAGUAUAAUGAUAUAGAUCCUUAUGACGAUAAAGAUAGGUGGUAUAAAGCGGUCUUUCCUAUGAGUGACGAUGAUUCCCGAGGCAUUCUGGAGUUGUGUCAUGAGAUGCUUGGUACUUUCUAA